AUGGGUGAUAGUUCUCAAAAUACUCAGUUGAGAACUCUCACUUAUGCUGAUCAGGUUAAGGGAAAACAACAGUUGCCAACAACCUCAAUAGACCUAAGUUCCCUACCUAUUCCAACUGUGAAAGAAGGGAAACCUGCUGUGCCUUAUUGGGCGUUAGAUGUAAAAGGAGUUAACUUUCAAGAUGUGAAGAACAACCUUGAGGAACAAUGGCAGUUAGGUCAGGGACGUGUCCAAUUUGUUCCAAUGAACAGGGGUUUCUUUACAAUCAAGUUGCAAUCACAAGUUGAUAAAGACAAGUUGUUGAAUGUUGAAGCAUGGUUUUUAGAUCAUCAAAAGCUAAACCUAAUUGAAUGGUUUCCAGGUUUUGACGCUGACAAACAAAGGACCUCACAUGUUUCCAUGUGGGUCAAGUUUCCAGGCUUGCCACUAGAGUUUUGGAUUGAAAAAACGCUACUUGCCAUGGCAAAAUCGUUGGGUACUCCAAUAGUGGUAGAUAAGCGUACUCUUGAACAUGAAUAUGGACACUUUGCUUCAGUCUUGGUUGACAUAAACUUUGCUGAAACGGCUAAAAAUUCUAUUCAUGUUACUGUAGGGGGUUUGGACUUCUGGCAGCCGGUGGAGAUUCAAAAGAAGCCAAAAUUUUGCACAAAGUGUAAGAUUAUUGGGCAUAAUGAUCAGGAAUGCAAGAAACAAACAUCAAACUCUUCUGUUCAGGCACCUGCGCAACAAAAGAGUAAUGCUAGUCAGUCUCAUACUUCUGGAGAUAGGGCUAACAACAAUGCCAAUCAAGUUAACAAUGUUUCUAGUGAGUGGCAAGUUGCUAAAUGUAGGAAGGGUAAGAAUACGCCUAAAAAUCCAGUUUCCCCUGAAGUUGUAGUUACUAAGGUGGUGGAGGCUAAUAGUUUGGAGUAUACUGCUCAGAUGGUGAAAGCUAAGCAGUUGGAGGUUGAAUAUACUAAGUCCAAAGCUGCUUUUGAAUCUUCCUUUGUUGAAUUGGUGAGAACUAAACAAGUGCAGGAUUCAAACUCAGUUUUAGUGCAUAGUGGCAAAGUGGGUGAAACUAGGCCACCGAGUGCUAAGUCAGCUGGAGAAUUUGUUUUGCAAAAUAAAUUUGACGCUCUCAACUCAAUCCCAGUUGCAGAAAUCUCUUGUGAUGCGCAGUUUAGAGCUGACCAGGAAGCUAGGAGAGCAUGGAUUACUGCUUUAACUCGAGUUGCAGCCAGGGGCUUACAUGUUGAGGGUUAUAAAAAAGAAGUUAUACAUCAUUUUGUUGGUUCGUCUAAAGGGAAUUUAUGGAUUUGUUGGUACGUUGAUAUGACUACUCCAGUGGUUAUUAAUUCUAGUAGACAGGGUAUUUCUAUUGAAACGGAAGGUGUUCUUAUAUCAUUUGUUCAUGCUAGUCGUUUUCAAGUUACACGAAGAAGCUUAUGGCAGCAGCUUUCUUCAGUUAAUGAUAAUACUCCCCGUGAUUGGCUAGAUGACAAUAACCUUUUUGAAGCUGAUUCUUUUGGUUCUAAUACACUUGGGCCAAUGGUCAAUCGGGUGUUCAUAGAAUUCUUUGCAAGCUAUUCUUUUGUAAAUUCAAGACCUAAAAGAGCUCCUUUUAGAGUUCAAAAAAUGUGGUUCACUCAUCUUGAUUUCAUGCGUAUGAUUAUGGAGAGUUGGAAUGCUCAUGUUUCUGGUUCCCCUGCUUAUAUCUACCCCUUCAAGCUUAAGAGAUUAAACGCUGACAUGAAGGAGUGGAAUUUACGUGUUUUUGGUAAUAUUAAUGCUAGACUCAAACAUGCUAAAUUAACAAUGGAAGUUGCUCUUCGUAUUUCUGAUGAGGAUCCGGAAGACGUAACUAAGCUGAAUUUUGCUAAGGAGGCUUCGGUUACACUUCAGGAAAUCCGUAUGCAUCAAUCCAUUAUGUUGAAGCAAAAAUCUCGUAAUAAGUGGCUUACUAACGGUGCGAGUAAUACUUCUUUCUUUCAUGCCAAUAUUCCAACUCAUAGGAGCAGCAAGAUGAUUUCGGAAUUGGUAGAUGAUGAUGGGAAUAUUCUCUCUAAUUGUGACCAGAUUAGAGAUUACACGGUGUCUUAUUUUGAGUAUAAAUUUAAUGGGGAAGAGCUUCCAAUUGAUGAGCAUGAUAUUAUCUCUACGGAGGAAAGUCAAAGAAUGGAUGCGAUUCCUACUUAUGAUGAAAUAAAGGCUGCUGUUUAUGACCUUGAUGCUGAUAGUUCUCCAGGACCUGAUGGUUUCUCUAGAUGUUUUUAUAGACAUUGUUGGGACGUGAUUCAACAAGACUUAUACAAUGCUAUUAUUUAUUGUUGGCAACAACAAAGAAUUCCUAAUGGGAUCCUAGCUACAAGACUUGGAAGUGUUCUUGAUAAGCUGGUUUCAGAGGAGCAAGUUGCUUUUAUGAAGGUUAGAAAUAUUCAUGAGAACAUCAGUGUGGCGUCGGAGAUGGUGAAUGAUCUGAAAACUAAGCGGAAAGAUGGAAAUGUGGGCCUAAAGCUAGACAUUACUCAAGCUUUUGACACGGUUAGUUGGUCUUUUGUCUUAGAGAUGUUUCGAAGUUCAGCCCGUAUUUCUAUCCUCCUCAAUGGUAGUCCAGAAGGUUUUUUCAAGAUUAAUAGAGGCCCGCGUCAAGGUGAUCCUUUGUCUCCUCUUAUCUUUGUGCUGAUUGAAGAUGUUCUUAGUAGAAACCUCACCAAGCUCUUUCUUGAGAAGAAACUGACGCCAAUGCUUUCGAAAAAAGUCUCAACUUUCCCGGACAGAUAUUUAGGUGUUCAAAUUAUGCCUGGAGCUGUUAAAUAUCGCCAUAUAAGUAAUGUUAUUGAUAAAAUCAAGAAGCAACUUUCAGUUUGGAAAGGAAAAAUGCUUUAUUUUCAAGACUGUGUGGUUCUUAUUAACUCUGUGAUUGCUAUCUAUGCCAUUCACAAUAUGGCUGUUUACAAAUGGCCAAGGAAGUUCAUUAUGCAAUGUGAGCGGGUUAUACGCAAUUUUCUUUGGUCCGGGGAUUCGGAAGUUGCGAGGAAGUUUGUGGUUGGUUUUGACAAAGUUUGCAGCCCUGUGAAGGAAGGUGGUUUGAGUAUUAUAAGUAUGGCAGUUACAAAUAGGGCUCUUCUCAUGAAAUUUUGGUGUAGUAUUCGUUCUUCUAAUAAGAAAUUGGUUCAUAAUAUUGUGGAUAGAAAUACGAAAGUGCUUCUUGGUGAUGGGCGAGCCACUUCUCUUUAUUAUGAUGUUUGGAAUGGUAAUGAAUGUAUUGCUCAUAUUCUUGGUGAUAACGAGCUAGAUAAUACUGUCAUGGUUAUACAUCCAAACUUAGCUCACAAAAUUGGAAGUUGGUGCGAGAAGCUUGUGCUACGCAAGACAAAAUCAGGAUCAGAUGCAGGGUCAAUCUUGCUAAUAAGUGUUACCCUUGCAAGUCCGAUGAAGAGUCCUUGGAGCAUAUUUUAUGGAGUUGUUCCUUUGCAACUCAAAUUUGGCAAUGGAUCUCAGUGGGCGCUCAAAUGGGUUGUUAGGAAGAUUCUGGUGCUUUCAGAUUCUAUGGGGGAUGUAAUGGCCUUUACUAAUUCUAAUAUGCCAUGGCUUGCAAGGCAGCGGUGGAGGAAAAUUCAAGAAAGCUAUGAUUCUAUUUGUUUUGUUCAUACUUAUCGGGAAGCUAAUUUUGCAGCUGAUGCAAUGGCCAAAAGAGGUUACUUGCUAAGGAAUGGUGAAGGCCUGAAUUAUGAUGAGAGACCUUAUUUUCUAAAUUCAUUAGAAUACCCUAAUGUCUCUUACUUCAAAUUUAAGUAG